AUGGUGCUUGGUCUCAAUGCCCACUCCAACUCACUUGACCAGCCUGAAUCAACCACCUAUCCCUUCUACCGCGCCCUUCAGCAUGUUUCACGCGACCCUCGCUCUCGCUCUCGCUGCCGCCUUGUUGAGUCGGGGCACCGAGCCGAACCUCUGUACAAGAAGCCCGUCGACAUUCCUGGAUAUGGCUCCGUGCAAGGAAAGGCCGCCUUGACUGCUGCGGCGGCCGACUAUGUAACCGACUGGGAAAACAUCUCAUUCUUUGGUGGCAUUCCUUUUGCGGCUGAUACCUCUGGCGCGAACCGCUGGCGCGACCCUCAGCCCGCCCAGCCUUGGAAGGGGACGUUGAAUGCGACCUCAUUCGGUCCCAUUUGCCCCAUUACCUUGUCAGUGCUGGCCAAUUACACCCAGAGCGAGGACUGCCUCAACCUCAACAUUUGGACUCCCGCCACCUCCACUGAGGACAAGCUGCCGGUUGCCAUCUGGAGCUAUGGUGCCGGGACAGCACCGCCUCAGACCACUUACAACGGCGCCGGAGUGGCCGGGAAAGGGAUUAUUUUCGUCUCCUACAACUACCGCAACGGAGUCUUUGGCUUCAUGGCGGAUGCCGAGUUGACCGAGACCACGGGCCGGAAUGCCUCGGGCAACUGGGGCAUUUUGGACCAGUAUGCCGCGGUGAAAUGGGUGCACGAGAAUAUCGCGGCCUUUGGCGGGGAUCCUGAUCAUAUCUCCGUGAUCGGACAAUCAUUUGGUGCGGCUGCCACCUACCACAUUGUCAACAGUGAGCUGACCGCCGACUUGGGCAUUGUCAGUGCCAUCUCCGAGUCCGGAGUCCGCUCGCCCAGCGAUCCCAACACGGGGGUUUUCGAAUGCGCCUACCUCAGCUUGAACGAGGCAGAAGCCAUCGGCAAGGAGAUCAUCGCUUCCCUCAACGUUAGCUCCAUUGCUGCCGCACGUGCCAUUGACACCGAAACCCUCCUCGAGCAGACCAGCCUCUACAGCCUGGAGGUGAAGCCAGUUCUGGACUAUUAUGCAAUUCCGGACACUUACAUCAACACCCUCGCCCGGGGAGCCGGCAACAAAGUCCCCUACAUCACCGGCAACAACGCCAACGAAGACGGAGCCUCGGCCACCGUGACCACCACCGUAGCCGCCUACGAACAGUCCCUGAACUCCACGUACGGUGACUUUGCCUCUCGUUUCCUGGAACUGUACCCGGCCGCCAACGACACCCAGGCAGGCGAGCAAGAAGAUGAGAUUGUGCGGGACAUGUUCCGCGUCAGCAGCUGGCAGUACAUGAACGGCUUUGCCCACUCGGCCGAUCAAGUCGACACCUACACCUACUACUGGAACUACGGCAGCGCCGCCCACGCCUCGGAGAUUGUCUACGUUUUGGGUAAUCUUUACUGGGCCAACUUCAUGAAGACCUCCAACCCUAACACCGGUGGCUCGUACAACAAUGGGUCUCUGCCGGCCAAUUGGCUCGCCAAUUCUCCCGCGAGAAAUGAGACUUUCUUGGUGGGUGCUGAGUACGAGAUGAUGCAGACGGCGUCCCAGGAGCGAGUGGAGCUGAUUCUCGACUAUUUUGCAGCGCAAGCACCCUACUGA